AUGCGUUUUAUUACAAUCUCGUUGGCUGCUGCUGCCGUGUCGGCUCUUCUGCUUGGUGGUGUUGAGGCCGAGUCAUGUGAUGCUGCCCAAUGUGUCUUCCCUGCCUGUGUUUGCCCCUCAGCUGACCCUCCCAAGGGUAUGGAUCCCAAGACUGUUCCCCAGUUCUUCACUUUGACUUUUGAUGAUGCUAUCCAAGCACAGACUGUGCCUGUGGCUGCCAAGUUGAUGGAGAAUCACAGAAACCCUAAUGGAUGCCCUAUCAAGGCCACCUGGUUCACCCAGACCCUCUAUUCUGAUUACUCUUUGAUUCAACAGUGGCAUGCUGCAGGAAAUGAGGUUGCUGGCCACACCAUGAACCACAUUGGAAUUCCUCCAGCUGAGGAAAUCACUGGUAACCGCAUGUCCAUCAAUGCAUUUGCUGGUGUUCCUUUCGCAAAGUUGAACGGAUUCCGUGCUCCAUUCCUCAACUACUCAAAGGCAACGUUCGAUAUUCUCGCUCAAGAGAAAUUCCUUUACGAUUCUUCAGUCUCGGCUUUGCCCACGACUGCUUUCUGGCCCUACACUCUCGAUUAUGGUCUUGCAAACGAUUGCUGGAACGGUAUCUGUGAACAGGGAGUCAAGUUGCCCGGCAUGUGGGAAAUCCCAAUGCAUGCUAUCAUGGACGGCAGUACACCCCCAAAGCCCUAUAGCAUGGAUCCUCAGUUGGCUGGAACCUCGGCUCAAGUCGCACAGUGGCUCAAGGAUAACUUCAAUACUCAUUACACAGGAAAGCGCUCACCCUUUGGUAUUUACCUUCACCCUAUCCAGGUUGGCGAGUCUGUAAGCAUGUUCAAGGAGUUCUUUAACUGGGCUGGAGCUCAGAAGGAUGUCUGGUUCGUCACCAACCAGCAGAUGUUGGAGUGGAUGAAGAACCCGGUCCCGGCCUCUCAAUUGGCAGAUCAGCCCUACAUGAAGUGCAACCAGCCUGCAGUCGGAAAGGAGAUCUGUAACGGAUUGGAUGAUACCAAGGCUGGAUCGAUCGAUAAGGGAAUUUUGGAGGUGUGCAACUUUGCAUCAGGACCUUGGUCAACCUGCUAUGGAUGCCCAAAGGCUGAGCCUUCAGUAACAACGCCCGUUCCUGAACGUGUCGUCGCUGCAGGUCAGACAGGUUACCGCACCCCCGUCCCUGCUAACUGUGCAAUGGAAUGGUGGGACCCUGUUGCAGCUCAGUGCUUGUGUGCUAGCUCCAACUGCACAUUCACUGACAUCUCUGUGAAACCCACUGGCACUCCUUCUGGUUCCUCCCCAUCACCUUCUUCCACCGGUGGAGCAAAGCCUGACACCAAGCCCAGCGGUGCUGCUGCUCAGUUCUCGACUGCAACUUGGGCCAAUGCUGGAUUGAUUGUUGUUGCUGCUGCUGUAGGCCUUGUUCAGAUGCUUUAA